AUGCGUCUUGAGAUCAUAUCAAAGGCUGCGCGUCUAGCCACGAACUUUACAUCUCAGCUACAUGGCAAGAAGUUUUAUGUCGCACAUGCUUCAGCUACACUUCGUGCAUCUCUAGCCGUUGAGGCCAAUCAGCGUCAUGGUCGUUUUGGCAAUGUACUGCCUAUGGCUGCUGUUGUAGCUCUUGUAAGUGCAGCUGGAGUAAUGAGUAUGGAUGAUGAUUUGACUGUCAAGUGUGAAGGAGGUGCAGCGAAACCUGUAAGUCGUGAAGCAGUCACACAAGCGAUGCUCAAGGAAGUUGUCGCGAAACUUAAUCGGAUUGAGAGUGCGGUGGCCAAUCCGCAUCGUCAUACUGAUGGUCUAAAUAUUGGUGUUGAUGUAGUGCUGGGUGCUCAAUGGGGUGAUGAAGGUAAAGGAAAACUUGUGGACAGUUUAUCUCAAGCAUACGACGUGAUUGUGCGUGUUGCAGGUGGUUCUAACGCAGGCCAUACCAUUGUACACGAGGGCAAGAAGUACAAAUUUCACCUUGUGCCUUCUGGCAUUCUGAACCCUGAUGCUGUAUGUAUCAUUGGCAAUGGUGUCGUUGUGCAUCUUCCUAGCUUCCUCGAAGAGCUUGAGGGAUUAAAGAGGAUGGGUGUUAACUAUGAAGGCCGUAUCCUUAUCUCGGACCGUGCACACAUGGUACUUGACUUGCACCAGGAGGUUGAUGCUAUCAAUGAGCUGCGACGUGGCCGCAACAAGAUUGGCACCACUAAGAAAGGCAUUGGUCCGGCGUAUUCGUCCAAGAUGCUGCGCAACGGUGUUCGUGUGGGUGACCUGCGCUACUUUGAUGACUUUUCAGAGAAGAUGCGCGACCAAGUAAAGUUCUACAAGGACAAUUACCCGGAGCUAAAAACGGAUGCCGAUGCUGAGAUCAAGGUGUACAACGACAUGAAAGACAAGAUAUUGAGCAUGACGGUGGACACUGUGGCAUAUUUGAACAAUGCGUACGUGUCGGGCAAGAAAAUUCUUGUCGAGGGUGCUAACGCGACAAUGCUGGACAUUGACUUUGGCACGUACCCUUAUGUGACGUCAAGCAACCCAAGUAUUGGUAGUGUAUGCACUGGUGGUGGUAUCUCUCCUAAUCGGUUGAAUGGCAUUAUUGGAAUUGUGAAGGCAUACUGCACGCGUGUGGGUGAAGGGCCUUUUCCUACUGAGCUGCACAAUGACAUCGGUAACCACCUGGGCACGGUCGGUGCCGAGUUUGGUACAACUACUGGCCGCGCUCGUCGCUGUGGUUGGCUGGAUAUCCCUCAGAUGCGCUACUCAAACAUGGUAAAUGGUUUCACAGAGCUGAAUCUGACUAAGUUGGAUGUGCUGACGGGUCUAAAGAAGGUAAAAAUUGGUGUUGCCUAUUGGCACAAGGGCAAAAAGCUGGACGGUAUGCCAUCGAAUUUACAACUGCUUGAGGACUCCGUUGUGGAGUAUGAGGAACUGAACGGUUGGUCAGAAGACAUUUCGAAGUGCAAGACGUUUGAUGAGUUGCCGGAAGCAGCUCAAAAGUACGUGCUGCGCGUGGAGGAGCUUUUGGGCACGCAUAUCAAGUGGAUUGGCGUGGGUCCAGACAGGUUUGACUUGAUUACGCGUCCGCACCCGCUGGAAAAGGCUUACAUCUCUAGCAAUUAG